AUGACAUUUCCAACGAAACCUAACAUCUUCAUCCUCUGCACCGGCAACUCCUGCCGCAGCCACAUGGCCGAAGGCAUCCUCUCCGCCGCAGCUGGCGACCUGAUCAUCGUUCACAGCGCGGGCACGAAACCUGCUGGUUAUGUCCACCCCAAAGCUAUUCGAGUUCUACAAGAGAUCGGCAUCGACAUCUCCAAUCAUGUGUCCAAGAACAUGGACACAUUCCUCACUCAAGAUAUCGCGACCGUGAUCACUGUCUGUGGAAAUGCGGAUCAGGCGUGUCCUGUGUUUCCUGGGAAAGUCAAUCAUUAUCAUUGGGGCUUUGAAGAUCCAGCACACGCGGUGGGAAGUGAGGAGGAAGUGUUGGUGGAGUUCAGGAGAGUGAGACAUCAGAUUCGAUUGGUGUUUGAGGCGUACGCUGCGGGAUUGAGGGAGGGUGCUGGUGGUAAAAGUUGA